CCGUGAGCGUUUGAAAUGAUGCAGUUAGUAAAAAUCUCCCUUGGUGUCAUUUCGAGGCGGAGGCGUCAAUAUGUGUACGAUCGCAGCUCGAAUCUUGCCUGUAAUAUUAUCAUCACCAUUUGCUUCCGAAACACUAAAGACACGCAAAUUGUGCGCCUGAAAGCCGGCCCGCUGGAUAUUUAAAGGGCAUGAUCCGACUGCUGGCUUUUUCCGCGAUCCAAGCCCCCGAAAAGCGAUAAGCGAACCAGAAGCAAGACAAAAAGUGCUCAUACUGCGGCGAGCCUGUGGACGGCAUCCGGCCUCGGUAGGAGGGCUGAGAUCGGGGACUCGGCACGUUGUUUCUGGGCCCCCCCACCCCCACCCCGCCGGAGUGCUUGAUGGAAAAAAUGAAGAAGUUUAAGCGGCGCCUGUCCCUGACGCUGCGCGGGAGCCAGACCAUUGACGAGUCUCUGUCAGAGCUGGCUGAGCAGAUGACCAUCGAGGAGAGCAGCAGUAAGGACAACGAGCCCAUGGUGAGGAAUGGCCGCCCCCCCACCUCCCACAGCAUGCAUUCUUUUCUGCACCAGUACGCCGGUUCCUUCCGGAAGCCACCCCUGCGUCGCCCCCACAGCGUCAUCGGGGGCAGUCUGGGCUCGUUCAUGGCCAUGCCACGCAAUGGCAGCCGGCUGGACAUAGUGCAUGAGAACCUGAAGAUUGGUUCGGAUGGAGAGAGCGACCAGGCUUCCGGGACGUCGUCCGAUGAGGUGCAAUCCCCCACAGGCGUGUGUCUCAGGAACCGUGUCCACCGGCGCAUUUCCAUGGAGGACCUGAACAAGCGCCUCUCACUGCCAGCAGACAUUCGCAUACCUGAUGGUUACCUGGAGAAGCUGCAACUCAACAGUCCUCCGUUCGACCAGCCUCUCAGCCGCCGAUCCCGCAGGGCCUCCCUGUCGGAAAUUGGAUUUGGGAAGCUGGAGACAUACAUAAAGCUGGACAAACUGGGAGAGGGGACCUAUGCCACGGUUUUUAAGGGAAGGAGCAAGCUUACCGAUAACCUGGUGGCUCUGAAGGAGAUUCGCCUGGAGCACGAGGAGGGGGCCCCUUGCACCGCCAUCCGGGAGGUGUCGCUCCUGAAGGACCUGAAACAUGCCAACAUUGUGACGUUACAUGACAUUGUCCACACAGACAAGUCCCUGACGCUGGUCUUCGAAUACCUGGACAAGGAUCUGAAGCAGUACAUGGAUGACUGUGGAAACAUCAUGAGCAUGCAUAAUGUGAAGAUCUUCCUGUUCCAGAUCCUGCGAGGCUUGGCCUACUGCCACAGACGGAAGGUGCUGCAUCGUGACCUCAAGCCCCAGAACCUACUGAUUAAUGAGCGUGGGGAGCUCAAGCUGGCUGACUUUGGUUUAGCCCGGGCCAAGUCCGUGCCCACCAAAACGUACUCCAAUGAGGUGGUGACGCUGUGGUACCGGCCCCCGGAUGUGCUCCUCGGGUCCUCGGAGUACUCCACACAGAUCGACAUGUGGGGCGUGGGCUGCAUAUUCUACGAGAUGGCCGCAGGCAGGCCCCUGUUCCCAGGUUCCACGGUGGAGGACGAGCUGCACCUGAUUUUCCGGCUGCUGGGGACACCUUCAGAGGACAAUUGGCCAGGAAUCUCAUCAAUUGAAGAGUUUAAAUCUUACAAUUUUCCCAAAUACAAACCGCAGCCUUUCAUCAACCACGCCCCAAGGUUGGACACCGAAGGCAUCGAACUCUUGUUAGCGUUUCUGAAAUACGAGUCUAAGAAGAGGAUCUCAGCCGACGAGUCCAUGAAGCAGCCUUAUUUCCACAGCCUGGGAAUGAGGGUGCAUGCGCUGCCGGAGGGUGCAUCAAUAUUCACACUGAAGGAGAUCCAGCUUCAGAAGGAUCCAGGCUAUCGGAGCUCUUCUUACCCAGAAUCAGGAAACAGCAAGAACAGAAGACAAAGCAUGCUCUUCUAGACUGGGACCCUCAGCUCCAAAUGAAGACAUCGAUUUCUUCUCAUGUAUAAACUGACCCACCAGCCCUGGGGGGGAGGGAGGCGGGGAACAUGCUUGUGGUGGGCUUCCCCUCUCCCAUGCACGGCCCCCGAUUCCAGGGGAUCCCCCACCCCUUGUCCCCACCCCACUGGCGGAUCCUUAGCGAUCCCAAGUUUUCUUGCAGACCAUGUGGACUGAAGGAGAUGGACUGUAGGUGUUAAUUUAUUGGGGAUGUCCUUUGCUGCUAAACUACUGUCUGUAUUUAACACGCUUGUGUUAUAAUGUGACCUUGCUUGGUUACCACCUACCCCCCUCACCCCAGACUGGUCACAAAAAUGAUUUUGUUGAUGGAUGUUUUUGCUCUUGUUGCAGUUGUUGUUUUUGAGAAUUCAAUGGUUCUGGUGUCUUCUACAAAACUCCCGCUGGUUAACCUUGAGUUGUCCUGCAUUGCCAGACCUUUAAAUGAAAUCUUCUGUUGUGUUUAUUUUGAUUUUUUUAAAGCUGUUGUUUGAUCCCGAAGCAGCUGAUAUUUUCUUAGACUGAAUGCUGCAUUCUGGUCCCGGCUCGAGCGCUGUGUUUUUGUUCCAGGCUGCGACAGCAUCUCUGCAGAUGUCGUUACCGUGGUAAUGGUGCUGUGUAGUCACAUGACCCCAUGCAACUCCACCCCCUACCCCAGUUCACCUUACUGUUGCCGAGCAUUUCAAGAAGAAUCCAACUGGAUGGGAUGCAAUCCGCUGCCACAGGACAGUACUCCCCCCCCCCAUGACCCACUCGUCUGUGAGGGGCAUAGCAGUGCAGAAGGAAACGGGUGGUGGUGGCUGGCCGCCGCCGUGUUGAACCGCCGUUUGAUGCAAGCCACACCCUGUGUUAUAGAAACGGCUUAAACACUGGAUCAUUUCUAAUGAACAGACGAUGGGUUGCCACUUCUCUGGCCAUGAGCCCCGACGGACGGAUGGAUGGAUGGACUGUCUGCCUGCCGAUUUUCUUCCCGCACGGCUUUGGACAGCUGGCUGGCCAUGCCCCCUUAUCUAGGGGGUGCCCCAUGCCUCAUCUCUGCUACCGUGCUCGUCCGCUUCUCUCUCUCGUGCACCUAGCUGUGUAUAUUCAGUUGUGUUAGCCUCUCUUCUGCAGUCUAGUUUAGCAGAUCCUCAGUACCUGUAAAUCUGUUUCUGUAUCCAGAUGGUUGGUCUGGUUAGCUGGUCAUCAGGGGAGUAUUAAAAAAAAAAAAAGAAAAUAUACUAGUAGUCACUGUACUAGACUUCAGGGCCGUGAACAUCCAACUUCUUACAGAAAACGUUGUAGGUUAUUUAACAGUGUUAAAAAAGGCAUUUUGUAUGUUACAUUUUAACUUUAUUUGUGAAUAAUUGUGUAACUGUGGCAUGUUGGGGGGGGGGCAUGAUUUUUUUUCUUUUGUUAUUUUUACAGAGGAGAAAAAUGAAUAAUAUGGAAAAUAUAGUGUAACAAUUUGCAUUGGACCACUAUUUUACCACCAACCCCCAUGGAGAAUGCAAAUGAAGAAAAAUUUCAGAUUGAAAUUUUACAUUUAACAGAUCUUUGUGUUGCUUUCGACUGCCAGUAAUAUAUUAAUAUUGUAACGUUGUACUUUUUUUCCCCGAGUGAGAGAGUGGUUUGAUAUUUUUUUUUCCUUUUUUUUUUUUUUACCCGUUUUGGUGUUACACGGGCAGAAGUCAACAGCGCAUGGACCACUUAAAUUUUUUUGUGUGUGUGUGUUGUUCUGCCCCACCUGGACCUCUGAGUCUCACAGUGAACAGCUUUGACCGUUUAACACUUUUUACUGGAGUUAUUUAUUUCUCAUAACUAUUGAAGUAAAUUUAGUCCGUUUCAUACAGA